AUGUCUCUGAAAGAUAUGGUUAAGUUAUUGGCUGAUAGCACUUGUCAAAUGCGGCAGGAGUCGCAGAGAUUUGAACAGGAAACUCGGGCGAGCAUUAGAAAUUUGGAGGUACAAAUGUCGCAAUUGGCAUCUUCAAUGAGCAAUUUUGAGAGUGGUAAAGGGAAGUUACCAUCUCAGGUAAUUCCUAAUUCGAAGGAGAAUGCAAGUGCAAUGAUUCUACGAAGUGGAAAGGAGGUGCAAUCCUUAAAAUCGAAAGCAGCAAGAAAUGGAGAUGAACAAGUGGCCGAGGAGCCCGAAAAAGAGAAGGUAAGGACUCCACCACCCAUUCCUAAGACAUUCGACAUAAACGCCCCUUUUCCUGACAGGUUUGCUAAAACAAAGAAAGAGGAGUCGGAGAAGGAGAUUCUGGACACCUUUCGGAACGUGGAAAUUAACAUUUCAUUGCUAGAGGCGAUUAAGCAAUUACCAAAGUAUGCAAUGCUUCUGAAAGGGUUGUGCACUAACCGGAACAAGCUGAAUCUCCAAGACAAGGUAAGGGUAGGUGAAAAUGUGUCUGCAGUCCUCCAAAGAAAGUUACCACAAAAAUGCAAAGAUCCAGGUAUGUUCACAAUACCAUGCAUCAUAGGCCAGAAAAGGAUAGAAAAAGGUAUGUUUGAUCUGAGAGCGUCUAUCAAUGUUAUGCCUAUGUUUAUCUUUAAGGCCUUGAAUUUAGGACCUCUAAAAGAGACGAGGGUAAUAAUUCAACUAGCAGACAGAUCCAAUGUCUACCCCGAGGGUGUAGUUGAGGAUGUCUUAGUAAAGGUUAAUGAGUUUAUCUUCCCUGCUAAUUUUUACAUCGUUGACACGAAUGAUGAUCACUCAGUUAACUCGGCCGUACUUCUUCUGGGUAGACCAUUCAUGAGUACUGCUAGGACCAAAAUAGAUGUGCAUAAAGGUACACUGUCUGUAGAGUUUGACGGGGAAACGAUUACAUUUAAUAUUUUUGAUGCAAUGAAGUACCCGGAUGAUACUGAAUCUGUUAACUAUGCUGGUAUAACUAAUUCCAUUGUCCAAGAUCAUCUUGAGCAAAAUUUUAGGGAGGACAAGCUGGAAUUUGUGCUACAGCAAAGUAAGACGAAUACAAACAUGGAAAGUGAGGAUGAGAAGGAUACUAUAGAAGCCAUUAUGUCACUACACUCGCUUCCUGCGCUUCUCGACAGGUCAAUAGACUCAUUCCUACCAUUGCCUACUUCUAAUAAAAGAAUUUUACCUUCUGUGGAACAGGCUCCCGAGCUGGAAUUGAAGGAGUUGCCGACACAUUUGAAGUAUGCCUACCUUGGAGGUCACAACACCCUGCCGGUCAUCAUCGCAAAUGAUUUGACCGCGGUACAAGAGGAAAAACUCCUAAGGAUUUUGCGGGAGUAUAAACCAGCAAUCGGAUGGACGUUGGCAGAUAUUAAAGGUAUCAAUCCAUCCGUAUGCAUGCAUCAAAUUCGCCUUGAACCAGAGGCAAAAUCGGUGACAGAGCGACAGAGAAAGCUCAACCCGGCCAUAAAGGAGGUGGUGAUGAAGGAGAUUCUCAAGCUUUUAGAGUUAGGACUAAUUUUUCCUAUCUCUGAUAGUGAAUGGGUGAGCCUAGUUCAUGUCGUCCCUAAGAAAACCGGCAUCACCCUUGUGAGGAAUGAGAAGAACGAGUUGGUGCCAAUGAGACUCCAAAAUGGAUGGAGAAUGUGUAUCGACUUUAGAAAGUUGAAUGCGGCAACAAGGAAAGAUCACUUCCAUUACCAUUCAUAG